AUGACCACACCUAUACCAGCACCUAUAGGCCCAACUUUAGCCUCAACCAUUGAUCCAACUCGUUCAAAAGAAUGUUUUUACAUGGCCAACCUCGAUUAUCCUCGAUACCCGUCUCUAACUCCUGACAUGGCCACAGAAAUGUUGACAAAGGCAAUGAAUCUGAUUAAUCAAAUUGCUUUCAGUUUCUUGUACAUUGAUAGACCUGCUGAUGGCCAAGUCUACUUGAUUUGCUUGCCACCUAAUGACGAAGAUUUACCACCUGAUGGUUUCCAUUAUCUUGAAAAUGAACAGUCUUACAAGAUGACAUUGCCAGAUGGCCGGGAAUUGCUUUGUUUUGAAAGAAGAGGAGGAUAUGCACCAAACGAACAAUUCACUUCAAAGAUUCGUCGGCGAUAUAGACUAAAUGUCGGGAAUGAAAAUUUACAAAUACUUCAUUAUGCACGACUCGAGGAUAAUCAACGACAAAUGUUGACACCAACCGGAGUUUUACGAACUCCUCCACGGAAGUUUCCUCCUCCCAUGUCAGCAGUAAGCCCAUAUAUCCGAGGACAGCCACAACCACAACCGCAGCAACAAACUCCCAUCCAAUCCGUACAAAUGCCACAGCAAACACCGGUGCGAGCACCUAAUCAAAUUCCAACCGCCGCCGCCACACUUUCUUCCUCAUAUAUGCAAUUUCCAACACGCGCAACAUCAGUACCAUAUGUGGGUCAGAAAGGGAUUAAUAAUAAUAUGGUCGUAGCAAACAUAAAGUCUAAUAACAGGCGGGGGAAAACCGCAAAACCUCGAGAAAUUUCUCUUGCUAGAUAUAAAAGGAACCACGAUUACAUUGAAGAGAUAUUUUCUCCUCAUAAUACAAGUUCGAUAAAGCUUGAACCUUCACCUUACGAGUCACUUAAUAUCGAGGAACGAAAACAACAAUUGGCAAGUCUUGCAGAUAACGAAGCGUCGAUUGAAACUCUUACCCAGAGGCAUGAUCAAAAAAUAAAACUGUUUAGACAAAAAUCAGCGAACCUGUAUAAAAGCCUGAAUAUUAUCAAGAACUCGAAUAGUUUGGAGGAACUGGAAAGACUGCAGGAAAAUAUGCGUAAAGACUUGGACAUUGUCGCGCAGCCAUGCAACAAGGUCAGAAUGGUAGAGCUAACCAAUGUUCCAAUGGAAGAGGAAGAGUUGCAAGAAGCACAAGCACAACAGGACAUUAAUAAUCUAGUUUCAGCUCAACAGCCACAAAAUGAUAUAAUACAACCAUUACUGACGCAACAAAUGGAAUUAUCACAACUCGAUCCUACUGAGCUCGUCCCUCCUUUUGUACUUCAGCAGGGAUUAGUGGUGGGAGGUAAUGUGGUGCCUCCGAAUGGAGACCUGCACGCCAUGUUGGAUGUUAGUUCUUUGACCGGGGAUCCGGCGCAACUUGUGUAUGAUGAAUUGGAAGUUUUGGCUUCGCAUAUUGGUGGUGGUGAUGCACAAAUGGAGGAUUGA